CUCAACUGGAAAACUAUAAAACCUGAAAAUCCUCUUGUGCUUUCUUCUCUUUUGCUUCCAGUUGCUACCCCAAAAGGAUCAGCUGAAGGUAAUCAAUUGGACAGAACAACCUAAGAAGAAAGAGUCACACCAGCCAGGAGCCAAUAGGAAACGAUGAAAACUCUGCCACUGCUAGUGUGCAUCUGUGCACUCAGCGCUUGCUUCACAGUCAGUGAAGGUCAAAGAAAGGACUGGAACAUAUAUCACAGAAGGAAUCAUUACUAUCGUGGAUAUAUAUACGGCCACCAAUCACCGUUUCAUUCUCAGUUUCGACCUGACAGGGCACAAUUCUUUCACUUUACUCAUCACCGCAGAUACUACAGACCUAUACAUUCAAACUGGGAAAGAUACAGAGACCAAAAACAUUACUGGCCACCGAAGUGUUUAGAUAAAAAUAACACCGUCAUCGAGAAUAAUACUUCAGAGGCUACCACCCAAGCUCCACUUAUAAAUCUCACAUCUAAUUCUGUCAAAACUACUCCCUCUCAAGAUGUGAAACCUACUCAGAUUUUUGUCACCACACCUACAAGAGAAAAUACUCGCACCACAGACAUAUUCGCUGUGGAAUCAACACAACAACCCCCAAAUACACAAACACCACAACCUUCUUCGGCCUCACUAGAGAAUACAAUUUCCCCUGCUGCUGAACAAACAACUUUAUCUCCUACUCAAAAUACAUUUCUUCAAUUAUUGCAAUAUAUAGAUAGCAUAGUAAAGUACCUUUCUGAUUUUAUAAAGAAUUCAUAGUACAUCAUACAUUAUGAAGUGCUCGAUCGUUAGAUAGGAUUGAUGAGUGCAGAACUACUACCUUUACUUUCAUCACUCUUCUCAAAGUAAAAUUAUAAUAUUCCUUAAAUUUACAGCACUAUCACUAACCUUUGAAUAUAUACACCUCACAUGACCUACUAGCAAGAAAAACAAACUCUAGCUCACAAAAUCAUGUGCAUGACCAUGAUUUAGCAUCACUUUGUGAAAACUAUAGAGAUAGCACACUGAGGGAGGGAAUGGCCAUCAGAUAAAAAGAGAAAAUUGUAUGAAUCACCAACCAUUUAUUAUUCCCUAAAUGUUGGAAAUGAUAAAUUCACUACAUUGUUCCCCUAAACCAAAACUCACCUAAGUUAUCUAAUCCACAAAUAGAAAGAAUAAAAUGAAGUCUCUCUAAAUGAAGAAAAAUAUUUCAUUAUCUAUAGAUAGACCUGUCAUUGUAUUACUGAUUAGUGGCAAAAAUCCUCUAAACAAUUGUGUUUAACCUUAAUUCCAUUGCACAAAAUAUGAACCAAGGACAGGGAAAGUUGAUUCAAAGUGCAAGGGAAAUCUGGCAUCAAGCACAAAUGAAGACUCCAACACUUGAUUUCUGUGAGCAUGUAAUUAUUCAGGCUUCACGAUUGACAUUUAUUAUAUUAUAUCUAUGUUAAUUUCAAUCUAAUGUGCUUGAUUCUAGACUGUGUGAACCACUAAGAAGACUUUCUAUGUUAUGUUCACAUGAUGCUCAUAAUAUUUUAAUAUUAAUUCAAGUAAUUCAAUUUACUACUAAUGAAAUUAAUUUAUAUUAAUUCAAUGUGAAAUGUAUUCAA